GUGCCCCGCCCCUCCGCUCCUCCCCGCGGAUUGGCCGAGCGGGCGGCGCAUGCGCGCGGUGCCGUGACGGGGCGGAGAGGCGGCGGCUCGAGAUGGCUGAGGUGGAAGAAACACUGAAGCGAAUUCAGAGCCAAAAAGGAGUACAAGGAAUCAUUGUUGUUAAUUCUGAAGGGAUUCCUAUCAAAAGUACUAUGGACAACACCACCACGAUUCAGUAUGCGGGCCUCAUGCACAGCUUCAUCAUGAAGGCAAGGAGCACUGUGCGAGACAUUGAUCCCCAGAAUGACCUCACGUUCCUGCGGAUCCGCUCCAAGAAAAAUGAAAUCAUGGUUGCACCAGAUAAAGACUAUUUCCUGAUUGUCAUCCAGAAUCCAACUGAAUGAUUACACUGACUGGUCUGUGUUACCCAACUGUGUGGUUGUGUUUUUUUUUUAAUUUAAUGGUAAAGAAUAGAGCAUUUGUGUUAACUCUGCUGUGCCACUUCAGUAAUGUCUGGAAAGACAAAAGCACGUGUUUUUGUUGUUUACAAACAGAACAAGUGGCGCUUUUUUUUUGUAUCACAAGUCAUUUUGAGGAGUUUGUGAAUUAGAAUCAGGCAGUAAAAGUGACAGAUUCUUUUAAUAGGAAGAAAAUAUAAUAAAACUCUACUAAAAAGAUUUUUCUUUGUAUGUUUCCAUGCUUCUGUCACUGCUAUUUGCGAUACACUUUUACACUAUUACUUUUGAAUGCCUGUAAAUAUGAAACUUGGCUAUCCUCUAGUUCUGUCUUAUUCUGUUGGUUUUACAAGUUACUUUGAAAAAGUCUGGCCAUAUCAAAUUAAAAAGUGUCAUCAGUGA